UCAUUGAGUGUGUCCUUCGAACUUCAAGAAAAGAAAAUUUAUAGCAAUUCCUUUUUGAUAAUUCCAAGAGGAAUUUCCAGCUAUAUUUAGCUUUGUUCUCUUUCCCAAUUUCUUCAUUUCUUCAUAGUGUCGACAUGGUGUGCCCAAACAGCAAUCCAGUAGUACAACAAGUGUGUGAAUUAUAUGAACAGAUCUCGAGAUUGGAGAACCUUAGCCCAUCCAAAGAUGUCAACAUACUGUUUACAAAGCUUGUCCACACGUGCAUGCCUCCAAAUCCUAUUGAUGUCUCAAAACUCUGUCAAAAAAUUCAAGAAAUUAGGUCUCAUCUCAUCAAACUAUGUGGUGAAGCUGAAGGUCUUUUAGAGAGUCACUAUUCCAAGAUUCUUGGCUCUUUUGAAAACCCUCUUCACCAUCUUGACAUUUUUCCAUAUUUUGACAAUUACAUCAAACUUAGUUUGCUUGAGUUCAAUAUCUUGACCAAGAAUACUACAAAAAACCCAAACAAAAUAGCAUUUAUUGGAUCAGGCCCUCUCCCUCUCACUUCUCUUGUUUUGGCUACUAAACAUCUUACAUCAACAUACUUUCACAACUAUGAUAUUAGUUCUGAGGCUAAUUCCUUGGCAUCUCGUCUCGUGGCAUCCGAUCCUGACUUGUCUGAUCGGAUGACUUUUCACACGACGGAUGUCAUGGAUGUAACGUGUGCCCUCAAGGACUACGAUGUAGUCUUCUUGGCCGCGUUGGUUGGUAUGGAUAAGGAAGAGAAAGUUAAGUUUGUCGAUCAUCUGGCUAAGUAUAUGGCUCCAGGGGCAACCCUGAUGCUCAGGAGUGCACAUGGUGCGCGCGCUUUUCUGUAUCCUGUUCUUGAUCCUCGUAAUCUACGAGGAUUCGAGGUGCUUUCGGUGUACCAUCCAACGGAUGAGGUGAUUAAUUCUGUGGUCAUAGCUCGUAAGUUGCCAUUGCCUUGUGUUCAACCACUUGAUGGACUUGGAUCCUAUGUGUUACCUAGCAAAUGUGCUUGUGCUGAAAUUCAUGCCUUCAAUCCACUCAACAAGAUGAACUUGAUCGAGGAAUUUGCAUUGGAGGAGUAAAAUUUAUCUAUUGGAAGAAUUGUUUCUGCAGCUAGCAUAUGUUUUUAAUUAAUGGUUUGAUGAUUUAUGAGUUGAUUAUAUUAUGUCCUCAGCUCAUAGAGUUUAAUUAUUAAACCCUAUAUUUCUAUUUUUAGUUAUGAGUACUUAAUUUCUUGCAUCCCUAACUGUUUGAUCCUCUAAGAGAUCAUUGUGUCCCUUUGUGUCAGCUUCAAGAAGAAUAAGGCAUGACCCUUUUGAGGCCUUUGUUUCACUUAGUAAAGGAAAUAUAUUGUAUCAUCUUAUAUACAUUUAUCUAUAUGAAUGCAACCAUAAUUUGUUUUGUGCAAAA